AUGGCCAGCUGCAGGGCCCCUGGCUCCCCGCCCCGGCAGAGCGGCCCUGGCUCCGCGCUGGAGGAGGAGGAGGAGGAUGACGACCCAGCCCUGGGCUGCGACGGUGACCUGGAGGUGAACCCCUACGAUGGGCUGCCCUUCUCCUCCCGCUACUAUGAGCUUCUGCGGCAGCGCCGGGAGCUGCCUGUCUGGACCACCAAGUACAGCUUCAUGGAGCACCUGGAAGGCAACAGCGGCAUCAUCCUAGUGUCCGGGCCCCCCGGCACUGGCAAGAGCACCCAGAUCCCGCAGUGGUGCGCGGAGUAUGCCCUGUCCCUGCAGUUUGCCCACGGCCUGGUGGCCUGCACCCAGCCCCACAGCCUGGCCGCCCUCAGCCUCUCCCUGCGCGUGGCGGACGAGAUGGACCUGAACCUGGGCCAUGAGGUUGGCUACUGUGUCCCCCACGAGGACUGCUGCACCACCGAGACCAUCCUCAGGUACUGCUCGGAUGAGAUGCUACUGCGGGAGAUGACAUCGGACCCGCUGCUGCGGCAGUACGGUGUGGUGGUGCUGGACGAGGCACAGGAGCGGACAGUACCCACUGACGUGCUGCUGGGGCUGCUGAAGGAUGUGCUGCGCCAGCGUCCCGCCCUGAAGGUGGUGGUGGUGACCUCGCCAGCCAUGGAGGAGCAGCUCCGCGCCUUCUGUGGGGACCCUCCCGUGGUGCGGGUGCCAGGGCCUGGGCCCCCUCCCCAGCUGCUCUACAGGGAUCCGCCAGCCCGCAGCCGCAUCGCGGCUGCCUGCCAGGCUGUGCUGGACAUCCACCGGCGGCAGGAGCCUGGCCACGUCCUGCUCUUCCUGGCCAGCGAGCAGGAGAUCGCCGAGUGCUGUGGGGCCAUCCAGACCGAGGCCAUGGCGCUGAACCCGGGGCUGGGCCCGCUGCUGGUCCUGCCCCUGCACCCCAGUGUGGGCCGCGCGGCGCAGAAGGUGUACGAGGUGCUGGAGGAGAGCGGCCGAGAAAGGCGGGUGAUUGUCACCCACUGGCUCGCGGACUCAUCCUUCUCUCUGGGGACUGUGCGCUUUGUCAUUGACUCAGGGCUGGAGCUGCGCAAUGUCUACAACCCCCGCAUCCGGGCAGAGUCCCAGGUGCUGCGGCCCAUCAGCAAGAGCCAGGCGGAGUCGCGCAUGCAGCGAGCCGCAGGCAGCCCCCCAGGCACCUGCCUGCGCCUCUACUCGGAGGCCUUCUAUGAGCAGCGCCUGCCCCCCAGCCCCGCGCCCCACGUCAGCGAGACCAGCCUCAGCCGCCUCGUGCUGCUGCUGAAGCGCCUGGACAUCGCCGACAUGGGCCAGUGCGACUUCCUUGACCGGCCAGCCCCCGAGUCGUUGAUGCAAGCGCUGGAGGACCUGGACUACCUGGCCGCCCUGGACGAUGAUGGGAACCUGUCGGAGGUGGGGAUCAUCAUGUCGGAGUUUCCCCUGGACCCCCAGCUAGCCAAGGCGCUCAUUGCCUCCUGCGAGUUCGACUGCGUGGAGGAGAUGGUCAGCCUGGCUGCCAUGCUCACAGCUUCCCCCUGCUUUGUGCCCCCUUCCACGCACCUGGAGGAGGCCGUGACCAUGCGUCGGCGGGCCCUGCUCCACCCAGACGGAGACCACUUCACCCUCAUCAACAUCUUCAACGCCUUCCAGCAGCACAACGCGGAGGAGGGCUGGUGCCGCAAGCACGGGGUGAGCGGGGAGGCGUUGCGGCUGGCGGGCAUCGUGCGGGCAGAGCUGCUGGAGGUGAUGCAGCGCAUCGAGCUGCCCAUCUCACCCCCCGCCUUCGGCACCGACGCCAACAUGCUCAACAUCCAGAGAGCACUCAUCUCCGGCUACUUCCUCAAGGUGGCCAGGGACAUCGACGGCUCCGGUAACUAUGUGAUGCUGACGCACAAGCACGUGGCCCACCUGCCCCCCACAUGCUGCUACCUGCUGCGGCAGCCCCCCCAGCGCCUGCCCCCCUGGGUCCUCUACCAUGAGUUCACCAUCUCGCAGGACAACUGCCUCCGCGUCGUCUCGGAGAUCCAGCCCCAAAUGCUGGUGGAGCUGGCACCCCAGUACUACCUGAGCAACCUGCCACCCAGUGAGAGCCGCGACCUGCUGAUGGAGCUGCGGGAGAAGGUGGUGGCCGUGGAGGACGUGCCGGCAGUGCCAGAGCCGCUGGGAGAGGCGGCCGGCAGGGAGGAUGAGGAGAGGGAAGUCUGUGUGCUGCAGUGAGCUGGAGCCACUGGAGCCCCCGCGUCGGGGCCGCUUGGGCUUGGCUGUGACCGCCGGGGAUAGGAGAGCCCCGGGGAAGCUGUGCUGCUGUGGGGGCUGACCCGAUCUCCAGGGAGGCACAGGCACAGCCUGCCGCUAGCACAGCUCUGCACCACGGUUACAGUACCAGCGGCCACGGGACCGGCUCCUGGCAUCUCCCAUCUCCCCUGGGGACAGAGCCCUGUUUGGGGGAGC